CCAAGGAUGAGUGGUAAAAAUUUCAGUCCGAUCAGACAGAAUUUAAGGAGGGUCGUAAUGUAUCAGGAUGCGGACCUCUGAAAAACCAGAGUUUUCCUGAAAACCCCAAAAAAAACUUAGUUUAAAUUUUUUUCCUCGAAGACGCAUCUCGUUAUUUUUGAUACUCUAUCUGUGCUGAAAAUUUGAGCUUGAUCGGUCGUACCGUCUUCGAGAAUCAGGAAUGGUCAAAAAAGAGGGGGGUACCCUUAAUGAGCGUUAAUGGCUUACAAUCGCGGUUCCCGAUUGUGCGUUUAAACGCGUUUUUCAAAAUUUUUGUCUGACUGGGUCGAGUGAGAAGAAACGAUUUGACAGCAAGCUGUUUGUUGUGGAAAACCACCAAAUCACGGCGAGUUUCAUUCUAACUCCCUUCGAUCAUCACUUCUAGCACAUUGAAAAUCAAAACAUUUUCUGUCGAAUUUUCAGUUCCUCUGACUUCUAGAAAAUAUCAACAACCGUGCUACAAACUGACUCCAUGUUUGAUAGAAAAUCCGAAGUCUCUUUUUUUUUGUGUAUGACAGUUUACUUCUGCUUCCUUUUUUUUUUAUCAAUAAACUGAAAAUAAUUCGAUUUAAGAUCGAAAUCGAACAUUUUAAGUUCAGUGCAUGUCUAUGAAAUAAAAAUAUAAAAUCUAAUUUUGUUUUUAGGUCGAGAAUAUUCAAUUCUUCAUUCAACUCUUGCUGAUUUAUUUGAACAAAUUGAUUAUAAUACUCGUCGAACAUUAAAUGAAUUAGAAUAUGUAUUAAAUGAAUUAACAAAUAUAAAAUUAUUUUAUUCAUCAACACAAAAUGGUACACAAAUUCAUUUACAUCAUCAUCAUCAUCAUAUAUAUCAUCAUUUAUCAACACCAUCUGAACAUUAUUAUAAUCGUUUAGAUAAACAAUCAAAUGAUAAUCGUUCAUCACCAUAUGGUAGUCAAAUAUCAUUAUCAUUAACAGGUACAGGUACAACAAAUGAAUCAUCACAAGGUUAUCAUUCAAUAUCAACAUCACCAAUAAUAACAACUGUUGAAAAUAUAAAUAAAGAAAAUAUUCGUACACCAUUGUCUUUCAAAAAUCCACUUUUUAAUAAUCAUACAAUUGAAAUAGAAGAAAAUAAUCAAAGUGAUUUAUCAGAUGAUGAUAGUCAAAUUAAUUUAAAUCAAACACAAACAGAUUCAUCAAAAGCACUUUAUUUUAUUAAUAAUCUUUGUAUUGAAUCUCUAAAAACUCCUUCAUCACCAUCAUCUUCUUCACAACAAUCACUUGUUCAUUCAGCUAGUCGACAAUCUUUACAACAACCAUUAUUUGUUUUAAAUAAUAGUUACAUGACAAGAAGUACACAAAGUUUAGCAUCAUCAUCAAAUAUAAAUACACCAAUAACAACAAAUAAUUCAUCAUCAACAUAUUAUUGUGUUAAAACACAUGAUCAACUCAAUGGAACAAAUAAAAGACAAUCAAUUUUAUCUAAUCAACAAUUACCACCACCACCAAAAAUGGGUCUUAAAGCACUUAAUCAUACUUCAUCAUCAAAUAAAGAUAUUGUUCUUGCUCAACGUUCACCAAUGUUAAAUUUAUAUCAAGAAGAAAAAUGUCGUCGAAUUGAAUGUGAGAAACAAGCAGAACGACUUCGUAAUGAAUUAAAUCGAUCAAAUGAACAAAUUGAAGAAUAUCGACAUUUAAUUCAUUUAUUAAAUGAAAAAAAUUCAACAACUAAUAUUGAUGAUAUUAAUUUAAUUGAUUAUUCAGAUGAUGAUGAUGAUGACGAUAUUGAUGUUGAUGUUGAUAUUCGACCAAUUGAAAAAAAUUUUUGUCUUGAUGAUAAUACAGAAAAUAAAUUUAUUUUUUUGUAUAGUAAACCUCCAUUACCACCAAAUGAUGAUGAUGAUGAUAUUGAUGAUUUAUCUAUACUUUCACAUCUUGAAAAUGCGAUUGAAUGA